CUGCAUUUGAAGCUCCACUGCUUUUAAACCAGUUCUCUAACUUCCAUCUGGCAACCUCCACACACUCUGCUGCCGUCACUGAGGUCAGGUAGACCGAGCGAAGAUGGCGACCGCCUACGAGAGAUACAAUUUGCACACAACCCCAGAGAAGUUCUUCAUCGAGGCCUGUGAUGAGGGGGCUGAUGCUGUCCUGGCAAUUGACAGGGUCUCCAAUGAGAUGACCCUCACAGGGAAAAAGGAUGUUCCUCCCUCAGCGGUCACCAGGCCUAUCUGUGGCAUCAUGGGAACCAUCCGUCUGGUAGCAGGGAUGUACCUGAUCGUCAUCACCAGGAAGAGGAACGUGGGCAGCCUCAUGGGUCAUGCUGUGUGGAAGGCAGUCGACUUUGACAUCAUCUCUUACAAGAAGACUGUGCUGCAUCUGUCUGAGAUCCAGUCUCAAGAGAAUAAGACCUUCCUGUCCAUGAUUAACAAUGUGCUGACUACAGACGGCUUCUACUUCUGCACUGACUACGACCUGACACACACACUGCAGCGGCUGGCCAACACCAGCCCUGACUUCCAGGAGAUGACGCUGCUGGAGAGGGCGGAUCAGAGGUUUAUGUGGAAUGGAAAUCUGCUGAGAGAACUGGCUGCACAGCCAGAGCUUCACAAGUUUGCGCUACCUGUUGUCCAUGGCUUCAUUGUCAUGAAGCCAUGCCGUAUAAAUGGGAAGAUCUUUGAGUGGAUCCUCAUAUCCAGGAGAAGCUGCUUUCGUGCUGGUGUCAGAUACUACGUCAGAGGCAUCGACUCUGAAGGCCACGCUGCUAACUUUGUGGAGACUGAGCAGAUUGUUUUGUAUGAGGGAGCAAAGGCUUCGUUUGUACAGACACGAGGGUCCAUGCCUUUUUACUGGAGUCAGAGGCCCAACCUCAAAUACAAACCCAAACCUAUAAUCAGCAAAACCAUCAAUCACUUGGAUGGUUUCCAGAGGCAUUUUGACUCUCAGCUCCUCAUCUAUGGGAAGCAAACCAUUCUGAACCUGGUGAAUCAGAAGGGCUCAGAAAAGCCACUAGAACAGGCCUUUGCCAAAAUGGUGUCUGGUAUGAACAAUGGAAUGCUUCAUUACAUCGCCUUCGACUUCCACAAAGAGUGCAGCCACAUGAGAUGGGACCGUCUCCAGAUCCUGGUGGAUGAUGUCGCUGACACACAGGAUGAUUAUGGUUACUUCAUGGUGAACUCUGAGGGGAAGACGCUGGCCCAGCAGAAAGGAGUAUUCCGCAGUAACUGCAUGGACUGUCUGGACAGGACCAACGUCAUCCAGAGCCUGUUGGCCCGACGCUCCCUACAGUCUCAGCUGCAGAGGAUGGGGGUUCUGAAUGUGGGCCAGCGGGUUGAAGAGCAGGCUGACUUUGAAAAGAUCUACAAGAACGCAUGGGCUGACAAUGCCAAUGCAUGCGCUGUACAGUACGCAGGAACUGGAGCCUUGAAAACAGACUUCACCAGGACGGGGAAGAGGACCCGGUGGGGGCUGCUGAUGGAUGGCUGGAACUCCAUGAUCCGCUAUUACAAAAACAACUUCUCUGAUGGCUUCAGACAAGAUUCCAUUGACCUGUUUCUGGGUAACUUUGCUGUCGAUGAGUCUGAGGGACCCACUCCUCUUCGUGUGCAGAAGGACUGGAAGUUCCUCACGCUGCCCAUCAUUAUGCUGGUGGCGUUUUCCAUGUGCAUCGUAUGUCUUCUCAUGGCUGGUGACACAUGGACGGAGACUCUGGCUUACGUGAUGUUCUGGGGGGCCGCCAGUACCAUCACAGCCACCAUCAUCCUGUUUAACGGCCAAGACUUUGUGGACGCCCCCAAACUGGUUCACAAGGAGAAGAUGGACUGAAUAUCGUAUAUGUGUGUGUGAGGAGCAGCUGGGCCCAGCAGGCUCAUAUACCUCGUCAUCUUCACCAUCUUCUUCUCCAGGUCUGGACUCUAAGACUGAUCUGCUGCCUCCAUACCUCCCCCAGGCUUCAAACAGUUUUUGGUUCAUUUGUCUGUGACAUGUUUCACUCACACACACACACUCCUGCACAAGGUUUACAUUUAAUUUCCCACAUUCCUCAGACUGUAAUCUCUGCGUUGGUGUUGUCAGUGUGAGGUUCAGUGAUGUCACUUAACGCAACCGUUACAGCGUUUUACAGUUUCCACAACAAUUGUAAUUUUUAUACUCUACUGCUAAUGAUCCUAUUCGUUUACCAUUCUUAAUUCAAAAGUAUCUUUCUGUUCUUCUUUGGUACACAUCUUCUAGUUAAAGCUGCAUUAAUGAAUUGAACUGACUACAGGGAGGCAACAGGGACAUAUCUGACAUUAUGAGCAUGUUAAAUUGAUAUUAAGAACAUGUUAGCAAACACAGAGCAACAUUAUCAUCCCAUUCAUCUUUUUAUUUUGGUCUCCAUCAAUGCCUGAGGAAAAGGUCUGUCUCAGCUAGUCUCUAACUUUGUGUGUUGGAUGCUGAGCAGAUUGUGUUCAGUGUGUGUAUCAGAGCUGCUGCUGUUGAUGAGUGCACAUUUACAAACCAAAAUAGUAACCUUAAAGAGGCUUAAAAACCUGCUGGGUGAUGGUGCUCUGUUAGUUGGACACCAUGAAUAACCCUUUUCACAUUACACACACUCAUUAAAUUCAUUCAUUUAAAUAUAUUGAUUAGUGCAGCUUUAAAUCAACUUACUGUAAUUGUAUCCAUCCCAAACAGAUGAUUCAUGUCAAUGAACCCUAAACAGUCUGAGUCAGAUGUGGCAUUUAAACAUGCACAUAUUGAACCAUAUACUGUAUGUUGUGUCUAACUGAUGAAUGGAGCUCUCUCUAUAGUAUGUACAUGUAGAUUAUGAAUAUGAAUGUACCAGGCCUUACAAACAUUCGUUUUGAAGUAUAAAUAUUUGGCUAAUCUGUAUGUAACAAGGUGGAGUAAGAGUGAAUAAUAUGUCUUCCUAUGAAUCUAACUUGGGAGAGUAUGCAUGAUGAUUCUGUUGUAGCAGGGGCGUAGUGCUUUCCUCACCAUCAUGUUUUUUGGGGGUUUUUUUCACGUUGGAGAACUAUGAGAUAAUCUGCCUGCAUAUUGAUGAUGUGUCUACAUGUAUUGAGGGUCUGUGGUUGCUUCCACCACACAUGUCUCUGAUAUGUUCAGUGAUUAAAACAGGUCCAGUGUGGUGCUCAUU